AUGGACAACAAAACUGAUCACGCAGAAGGACAGACCAGUAAGGAAGAUGCUGACAAUGUAACUGAGGGCGCCGACCCAAGUGGCCAAUGUGCAACUGUCGCAGAAUGCGACCAAAGGGAAAAAUGCACCUCCACACCAGGAGAAAGUACAUCAUAUAGGUCUCUGUACAAACACAAUUACAAAGCGCACGCAUACGUGGACGAUUUUGUUUGCCUUCGAUUGAAAGGUCGGGGGGGUGAGGUGCACGACGAUAGGAGCAGUGAAGAACCUAAGCACUGUGUAGACCCGUUCAAGGGGGAUUCCCCAAUGGGUGGCUGUACACAUGAUGAUUCUCCUGAUGAUAGACUUGGUGAUAAACCUGUCGGAGAACCAAGUGGGAAUAGUGUCAACCUUGAGGAAGUGCCUGCCCCAGGGAGGAGUAACGUAGGAAGGGGUUCCGUCCAUAGAAUUGACGAAACAAGCUCUCCAAGGGAAGAUGAUCAAUACGUGGAGGUAGAGAAAAGAAUGGAGGAUCGUCAACCAGACGAAGGAACAUACUCCAAAACGGGGGCUCAACAUAGUAAUCAAAAUAAUGAGGAGAAGAGAGAGAACUCGAACCUCUGCAUUCACGCGGAUGAUAAUUACACCCUUCAAGGAAAUCACAGGAGUGACAAUCACAUGAAGGAGGAGAACAGUCCACAUGAAAGUAACCAUCCCAGUGAAGACAUGCCAAGUUGGGAAGUACACAAAAUGCAGGAAAAGGAUCAACCGGCAGAAAAACAAAAAAAAAUAAAAAUUAUCGAAAUGUUUAAAAUGAAAUUGGAAAACAAGGAAAUGAACAGGAGUCGCCAUUUCUGUGAUGAUGUAUAUGGAAGUCGUCAUGAUGGUCAGGUCCAUCAUCCUGGUUCCUCAUGUUAUGACGAUGAACGUGUUGGUGAACAUGACGAUGAACAUGAUGGCAAGCGUGACGAUGACCAUUCAGGUGUGGAUUCCCCCAGUACCUCCUCUAACCGCCGCACACAAAUACGGGAAAGCAUCUCUCGGAUUUUUAGCGAGUCACCAUCCUCCAAGCCGAAGAUAAUAAACGAGAUCAAGUGUAGUGAUAGUCAUGUGGGGGAGGGAGACGACGGGGGAGGUAGCCACCACGGAGGCAGUAGCAACGAUAGGGAGAGUCACCACGGAAACAGUAGUAACGAUAGGGACAAAGCAGAUAAUAAGGCCAACGGAGCAAAGAGUGCACUAAAGGAAGGAAGCUUGUUAAGAUUAUUCAGGUGUGAAUAUUUCGACACCCACCUUCACAUUAGGUACCUGUACGACAGGAGAGAAGUGGGAGUUCAUGAAUACCUAGUGAAUUCUCUUUACACACAAAGGAAGUAUGAAGACAUAUUAUUUUACCUUCCACAGUUGAGCCUAAUAUCUCUCGUCCGUUACGAUUCUUCUUCCCUUUAUCGUUUCCUUCUUUAUAAAGCUAGCAAGUCAAUGCACUUCGCAUUGAAACUAAGUUGGAUUUACCACUCCAUAGUGGAGGAUAACACAUCCAAAUACAAGGACUUGGCACACAAGAUGACCCAGGAAAUAGAAAUGGCUGUUGUGAAUUGUAAACCAUUUAACAGUAAGUGCACCUCGGGUAACGAAAACAAACAAUCUUACCUUCUCAACCUCGCUCAUCCUCUUCUCUUCAAAAGGAAGUACAUUAUUAAAAGGAUCAAAGACAAUGCGCGGUUCCGUCAGAACAGGCUCUUUAAGAAUUGCCUGCAAAGGCCAUGCAACUCUUACUUGUUGAAGGGCAGCGAACCGGAGGGGCAAGGUAAAGUCGAACCGGGGGGGCAAAGUAAAGUCGAACCGGAGGGGCAAGGUAAAGUCGAACCGGGGGGGCAAAGUAAAGUCGAAACAGUAGGGCAAGGUAAAGUCAAAAUGGCCUCCCCCAAGAAGUGUCGAAAGAGGGAAACAACGAGCACAGCUCCUCCCCCAAAGCUUCCCCAUUGUUACAUCAUAAAUUCUGGAGCCUUGUCCAUAGCCAGGGCGAAAGUGAAGUUACCAAGUACGUACGCGAAGCUAGGAAAUCCGCUGAGUGCAUCAAAAUUCUUUCUUCCAGAAUUUAGUUGCAGCUUCGACAUGAUUGAGGAUCUACAACAAUUCUUUAUGAAACAAAGGAGAUGUGAUUAUUUCAGUCUACUGAAUAACUUCGUGAACCUUACAAUAUCUGUUUCGAACCUUCUCUCCACAGAACCUGAUAUAGAGAUACGAAAUGAAUUGCUGAACAGGUUCAUAUACUCAUUGAACAGUUGGAUGCUCAUGCGGAGAUGUAUCGUCGCUGCAUGCACAAAUGUAUUCUCCAUGACGGGACUGUGCAUUCCGUUGGAGUGCCUAUCGUCCUCCUCGCACUUAAAUCAUAGAAGAGAACAAAGAACCAACAAAUGUAGUUCCUUACAAAUCCUACACUUCAAUUACGAUGAAUGUAAAAUAUUUUUCUCGAAAAAGAGAGCGCCAUAUCUGCUCAUGUUUGAGGUGGCCGAUUUGGACGAGGACAUCAGCCAUAUUCCGGAUAACCUAUUUUACCCCACUAGGGGGGAAAACCAGCCGGACAGGGAGACCUCUCACUCUGGGGUCAAAGGACCAAUCGAUGGAACAGGUGGGGAAACAACAGAUUCUGCAACCCGUCACAUUUCUGACAGUGUGACGGGAACAGUGACGCACACCAUGAACGAUGAAGUACCCCUGGACGAAUCGACGCUACAACCGCAACCGCAACCACGCAGGAAGGGCCACCGAAUCGAAAAAAACUUCUGCUCGUCCAAAAAUUAUGGAAUCUUUAACGAGAACAGUAGUUCCUACGACUACGAGCCGCGAAGUAGUAUGUACGAUGGGAAGAGGAAGAAGAAGAAAAAGAAAAAAAAAAAAAAAAAAAGCGAAAGUGGAGAAGGGGAGGAAGAGGAGGACAAGGGGCAAACUGAUCAAAGUAAUUCAGAUGUAGAACAAGGGAACGAUGUACUAAAGGAAAGUAAUAAUAUGGGUAAGGACAAAGUGAAAGGAAAAAAAACGCACGCGAACCUGGACGACCUAAAAAUGGAACAUCUAUACGUGUACAACUGUAUAGUGAACGACCUGCGGAAGGAGAAUCUGAUUUCCUUCCCCUCAGUGGAGGAGGACAACCUCUCCAUAAUUAGGAAGUGCAUUGGAAUGAAGGUGGACGAGGAUGACGAGGAGGAUAACGAAGAGAAUGGCGAAGAGGAUGAUGAUGGAGAUGUAGAGAACGAUGGGGAAAGCAGCGUAGAAUGUGCAAGUGGACACGUCGAACAGGUAAAUCCAGAACCAACGAACCUUCAGCAGGCAUCUCCCAAUUUGAGUAUCACUCCCACAGAGGAAGGAAUCGGGGAGGGAGCCAAGAAUUUCCUAGUAACCCCCCGCUCUGCCUCCAUGCCAAAUUAUCUAAGUAGCUCCAUGGAAAAAUGUAAUAUCAGUUCUAACGACAACGACAGCAAUGAAAUUAAAACAUCGGUGGAGAGCAUCAGUAGUGAGUUGAGUGGCUUAUCGCCUGGAGGGUUGUACGAGAAUAAAAUGGGCGCUGAAGAUGGAGAAUGUAAUCUCUCCAGGGGUAAGGAUCCCGAUGAUGGCCAUAUUGCAGCCCAACCCAGCGACCCCUCCCUUGUCACCACCCACACGCGCAACAGUUUGCACUCCUCCGGAGAAAAAACAAUCGAUCCAUUAGACAUCAGUGAAUAUUUCAAGCCAGAAAAUUAUACAAAUGAAGAAUUUAAAAAAAAAAACUGUAGAAUUAUAAAGAGGCUUUUAUGGGGAGAGUUGUUUGAAGAAAAAAAAAAAAAAAUAAGGAAAACUUCUCCAUAUGGAAAAUUGAAAACAUGGGAUCUCAAGUGCGUAAUUGUUAAGGGUGGUGAUGAUUUGCGGCAAGAGCUUUUGGCAUCCCAACUGAUACGACAAUUCAAAGUGAUAUUUGAAAAUGCAGGUCUACCCCUGUGGCUGCGUCCUUAUGAAAUUCUAGUCACCGGUGCGAACUCGGGUAUCAUAGAAUACGUGAAUGAUACGUGUUCGGUGGACUCUCUAAAGAGAAAGUUUGGUGUCGAGAGUAUCUCCACCAUUUUCAACGUGGUCUUUGCGGACUACAUCUUCGAGGCCAAGAAGAACUUCAUCGAGAGCCACGCCGCCUACUCCCUCAUCUCAUACCUCCUCCAAGUGAAGGACAGGCACAACGGAAACCUCCUGCUCGACUCCGACGGCCACCUGAUCCACAUAGAUUACGGGUUCAUGCUAACCAACUCUCCGGGGAAUGUGAAUUUUGAAACCUCUCCCUUCAAGCUCACCCAGGAAUACCUGGAUAUCAUGGACGGAGAAAAAUCUGAAAAUUACGAGUACUUCAGGCGCCUCAUCGUGAGUGGCUUUCUGGAGGCUCGCAAACAUUCGGAGGAAAUUAUCCUUUUCGUGGAGCUCAUGAUGCCAGCUUUAAAAAUUCCCUGCUUUGCGAAUGGAACCCAGUUCUGCAUUGACUCACUGAAGGAGCGCUUCAUGACGAACCUGGCUGUGGACGUGUGCAUCCAACGAAUCAACGCCCUCAUUGAAUCCUCCAUCAACAAUUUCCGAAGUGUCCAGUACGACUACUUCCAGAGAAUCACAAACGGCAUAAUGUAA